AUGGCUGAACUCGACGAGAUUCUCCGAAAAUACACCGACCCUGCCACGGGUUCCGUCCACGGUGCCACCUUUGUCGCCGUCGACAGCGCAGGAAAUGACCUUUAUCGUGCUUCAUUUGGGGCCCGCACCGUCGACAGAUCGGAUCCCUUGACGCCAGACACCCUGACAUGGAUCGCCAGCCAGACCAAGCUGGUGACUUCGGUCGCGGUCAUGCAGAUUGUCGAGAAGGGCCUCAUCGGUCUGGACGACGACGUGCGCGAAGUUCUUCCCGUGUUGAAGGACCUGAAGGUUCUUCUGGGCUUUGAGGGAGAAGACAGCGCACAGGAGCUGGACCCGGCAGCAUUUUCCCGUGGCGGCGCAGGUCCUGAUCUGGACAAGUUGAAGCCAAAGGGGAAUCCCAUCUUUGAGGACGUCAAGGGGAAGAUCACUCUACGACAACUCCUGUCGCAUACCUCGGGGUUCUGCUACGAUGUGAGCAGUCCGCUGCUGGUGAAAUGGUCCGCGUCAGUGGGCCGAACGGACAACAUGUUCAGUGGCACGAUUGAAGGCGCAUUACAUCCACUGCUCUACCAGCCCGGCGAAUCAUGGAUGUAUAGUGAUGGACUCGAUUGGGCAGGACGAGUGGUCGAAGUCCUCACGAAACAAGACCUGAACACAUACGUGCAGGAAAACAUCUGGGGCCCCCUCUCGGCCAAAUCGACGACCUUUUACCCGACCAAACACUUCCAACCGAAUCCCAUGCCGCCGCUGCACGAGACCGCCCAACGCAGCAACCCGGCCGAGUCACCCAAGGCGCUCGACUCGAAACCGGCCAAGUCGCUGUGGCCCGUGGCGCCGCGCGACGCGAUCGGUGGGGCGGGCCUGUACAGCACGGCCAACGACUACAUCCGGCUGCUGACGGCGCUGCUGCAGGACGGCGGGGGCCUGCUCAAGAAGGAGAGCGUCGACGAGAUGUUCCGCCCGCAGAUUGGCCCCGGGAGCACCGAGGCCUUCCACGCCUCCGUCCGGGGCACGGGGCGCGACCGGCUGUGGAAGUCGUCGCCCGCGAACGCCGCCGCCUCGGCCGCCACCGCGGCCGUCACCACUUCGCAGGGAGAGCAGAGCGCCAUCCCCGCGGGCCACUCGCUCGCCGGGGCCGUCAACCUCGAGGACGUCCCCGGCCGCAGACACGCCGGCACCGUCAACUGGGGCGGCCUGCCCAACCUGUUCUGGUGGGUCGACCGCAAGGGCGGCGUCGCGGCCACCCUGUUCAACCAGAUCGUGCCCGCCGCCGACCCCGUCUGCAUGGAGUUGCUGGUCGAGUUGGAGGAGGCCACGUAUAAAUUGAAACAACAACGCCAGUAA